UCUCGCUCAGAAAUGGUACGUGCCGGAUUCUGCGUCAUCCAUUGUUUACAAAUCAACCCUUGAGCUGUUUCUGUUGGGCAGCGUGGCGGACGCCGGCUAAACGGUCCCGUCUAUUUGAAUAAAAACAACCUUUACGACUGGAUAUUUGUUAUCUGGAGCAAUAUUAAAAAUGCCCUGUCGAAAGGAGAACUAUAUCUUUUUGGAACAGUCGGUAACGGUGGAUUCUAAGGAAGUAGACGCGCUCGUGUCGAAAAUCGGCGAGGCGCUGCAGCUUCACAACAAUAGCUCGAGCCAGAAGGCGAUGUCACGUCUACACGGUCUCGCGAGCAGCAGACCUAACGUCAACGGCAGCAACAACGGCAGCAGCGCGGGGGGCGCUCAGCGGUGCAUCCGUCUCCGCAGCCGGAAUUUACGUACCAGCCGGGCCAGUCCGUACAACCCACCCGGAUCCAACGAUCAGGAAUGGGACCAUUUCAGAUCCUCGUGGAACCGAAAGAAAAUCGACGAGGACAAUCCGCACCAGCUCCUCCAGGAACUCAUAUUGUCGGGGAAUCUGAUCAAGGAAGCGGUCAGACGACUUCAGUUUUCCUCGGAACCAACGGAGCACGACAUCUCCAAAUCUGUAGACUGACUUGGCGAGCCCGCAGAUGCAUGAAAGUCCUGACGUUUUCAGAUCUCAUUGUCAUACGUUGGUUUUACAAACUUUGAAAUCACACCCUUUUGAUUUUUCUAUUGUAUAUUGAUGAGAUGGAGACGUUAUGUAUUUGGACUCUUUUGUAAUGUGACCCUACCUUAUUCACCCAUUUUAAACCUCAGUGUUUGGAUUGAAAUGCAAAUGUGAUGCAAAAAUCUAAUGGUUUAUAGCAAUGCAUUUUAUUAUAGUACUAACUGGCCUGGUACUAACUUGGUUUGUCCUAGAAUGGUGCAUCAUGUUUUGGUUUGCUGGAGUUCAGCACUGUGUGUCAGUAGCAAACAAGAACUGCUCAACUGCUUUGUUUACAAUGUAGAUGUGCUCGGGCUGCCGGUUUGCAGUCCUCGCCUAGAUCAGGCAACGGGUCACACUUUUUGUUUACUCAUUUUGAAACUAUGUUUGGAUACCGAGAUAUCACUAUUUUGAUUUCAAACUGGCCCUGUGUGCAGGGCCCUUGUUCUCUGUCCCUUUGAUUUCCAUGUGAGGAGCAAGGCCAACACUCCUUCUCAAAGAGAAAAUAAGAUCAAACUCAUAUGUGUGUGGGUAAAUGUGUUUUACACGGGGAUGUGAUCACGACACAAUGACUCUGUGGUGCUUUUUGAUUCCAGUGUGGAGUUCUCAUGUUUUUUUUUGUUCGUUUUCACUCUGUGUAUGCUUCGCAACGAAGUGUUUUUAAUAACUCUGAUUGUUCAGAGAGUUUGGUGUCUAAUAAACAUGGUGUUUUU